AUGCAUGCUGAUUUUUCUGGUCCCAAGGUGAAACAAGCUCUGGAGAUUAAAGCCCAAGAAAGAGAGGAUGCCCUCUUUGAGUGUGUUCUGACACACCCACUACGGAGGAUCACAUGGCUGCACAAGGGCAACAUCCUGGAGGAUGGAGAUAAAUACAGUAUAUGUGUGUCAGAGCACAAACUGAUCCACAGGCUGCUGAUCAGAGACUGCAAGCAGCUGGACAAAGGCAUCUAUUCAGCUGUGGCUGGCAUGAAGUCAUGCAGUGCCUGGCUGGUUGUGGAAGCUGAAGGUGGCCCCACAUCUGCUGGUAAGAGGAAGCCUCGUAAAACUACUGUGGCUGCUGGAGUACGGGCCGACCUUGAGAAGGUGGCCAAAGAGCAGCAACUUAAAAACCAAAAGGAGAUGGAGAAGAUUUUAGCAGCUGUUAAAGCAAGGCAUGAAGCAGGACAACUCGAAGGAGAAAGGACCUUAACCAGCAGUAAAAGAGAUGGUGAAACAACUGCAGUCACUGGACCAGGCAAAAACCUUGAAGCAGUAGGAAAUAAUCUUGACACAGCAAAAACAAGUGUCCCGACUGAGCCAGUGGGGAGCAAAGAGAAGACAACAAUUACAAACUCAAAAGGAGAUGGCACAGUAUCAACAUUAGAUGUUUCAGGGUGUGUAACAAAAACAGCAGUGCAAGUGACUGUCGAUGACCCCAUGAAGAAGAAAUAUGCCAUGUCUAGUCAAGCAGAUUUUGACAAGGUAGCAGAUGCAAAUGAAGGAGAAUAUUCUGAGAAGAAUGAGGAUUUCAGCAGAUACAAAAGGCAUGGUCAAGAGACGAAACACAGAAUAACUGAGUUCAACAACAAAAGCAUUCACAUAGACCAGAUUCAAAUGUUCACCACAAGCCAAAAUGAGGUGACUUUAUCUGGGGAAAAGGACAGCGAGGCUGUCAGGCACUCAGAACACACAAUAAAGGCCCAAAGGACACAUCAUACAACUGGUAAGAAACAACAGGGUUCUACUGUAUGUUCUGCAUGGAAAUGUUCUGCUUCAACCUGCAAAGUUUUCUGUCACUUUUCAAAUCCAGGGGUCCAGUUCAUCUGUGGAUUGUCGGGUGUUAACGCCAUGGUUGAGGAGACUGCUGAGUUAACAUGUAAGCUCAGCAGUGAAAACUGUGAGGGAGCCUGGUUCAGAGACGGCAAAAAGAUACUCCCAGAUGACAAUUUCACCAUCACCAAAGAUGGUGCAAUCCAUAAAUUAGUCAUAAUCAAGUGCAAAGAAGAGCACUCUGGGAAAUACCGCUUUGAAGCAGAUGAUCGUAAAACAGAGGCGAUUAUUAACGUCCAAGAUCCCCCCAGGUUUGACCCUGAAGACCUCAGUUCUUUCACUGAGCCUGUGACAGUUAAAGCGGGACAAAGUGCCAUCUUCAAAAUGCAUUUUCUUGGCCAUGAGCCCAUUAAGAGUCAAUGGUACAGAGAGGGAGAGGAGCUCCAAGAUGACAACAAUACAAAGAUAGAGACAUCUGCAGGUCAGAGCCUCCUGCUCCUGACCAGGUGCCAGAGGAAGAACACAGGAGCGAUCAAGAUCAAGCUCAAGAACAAACACGGAUAUACUGAGGCAAUUUCACAUUUAAUUGUGCUCGGUGAGGAGAAACCAGAAAUACAGGAUGAAGCAAAAGGAUAUUUUGUUAAAAUUCAGCAGGCAGAUUGCAUUGAAUGGUCCUGCUGUAAUAGCACUGCCAUUAUCACAACUUCCUUCACUGUGAAAGGCCUAAAGUCCAUGGACAUGUACUGGGUGAGAGUGAUUGCAGCUAAUGAUGGAGGAAAGGGGGCACCCGAGGAGCUGGCCAACUAUGUCCUUGCUAUGCCCUCACCUGUAAGGCCAAAGUUCACGAGCCCUAAGAUGAAGAGUUUCAUGGUGGUGAGGGCAGGAAACACUGUCAGGAUCACAAUAAACUUUGAGGCCUCCCCGUGGCCAGAUAUUAUAUGGCUAAAGGACAAUGUGCCAGUGACGAAGAGAGUUACAAUAAGUAACUCUGAUAGCUCAUCUCAGCUGCUGAUCCCCUCGUCUGAGCGCUUGGAUUCUGGUAUCUAUUCCAUUUUGGUGAAAAAUCUUGCAGGACAGGAGACAUUCAGUACAGAGGUCAGGGUCACAGAUGAUCCAAAGCCUCCUGGACCAGUAGAACUGGUGGAAAAUGUGCCUGGCACUGUGACGGUGAUGUGGGAACCUUCACCUGAUGAGAAGUGGGAUGACCGCCUCCACUACACAGUGUCCAAGCUGGACUCUACCAAAUGCACAUGGACCACAGUGGCUGACAGACUCUUCAAUAACAAGUUCACUGUCUGUAACAUCAUGCACGGGAGGGAAUGUCAUUUCCGAGUCUAUGCCAAAAACGAUAUGGGCAUAUCUGCACCCUCUGAAUCACCAACCUGGGGGAUAAAGAAGAAUAAAGAAAGGUUCAUGGUGAGCAUACCAACCAGACAGGACUGUGAUUUACGAUGCGCUCCGACCUUCAUUGUACCUUUGAAGCUUCACACUGCACCCAAAGGCUAUGAAUGCUGCAUGAGCUGUGCAGUGAAGGGAAAUCCCAAACCUCGUAUCACAUGGCAUCGAAAUCACAUCAGUCUAAACACCAGUACCAACUAUUAUAUCUCCAACACCUGUGGAGUUUGCUCCAUGUUAAUCCUCCAUGUGGGCCCCAAAGACACAGGACAGUACACCAUCACUGCAGAGAGCGUCCUGGGGCAGGCUGAAUGCUCCACUGUCCUCAGCGUCACAGAUGUGGAGUGCACUACUGAAGCACCUACCAGCUUGACUCAGCAUUAUUCUUGUGUCUCGUUGCAGCAGUAUAUUUCAGAGAGCCUGGAGAGCCGUCUGAAUGCCCUGGAGGAGUCUCAUGUUUUGGCACAGAAACAGGUCGGCAUGGCCCUGGCCACAGCUGAGCAGCUCAAGACGUCUGACCUACCUGCUCAGUCCUUCACUGUGAAAGGCCUAAAGUCCAUGGACAUGUACUGGGUGAGAGUGAUUGCAGCUAAUGAUGGAGGAAAGGGGGCACCCGAGGAGCUGGCCAACUAUGUCCUUGCUAUGCCCUCACCUGUAAGGCCAAAGUUCACGAGCCCUAAGAUGAAGAGUUUCAUGGUGGUGAGGGCAGGAAACACUGUCAGGAUCACAAUAAACUUUGAGGCCUCCCCGUGGCCAGAUAUUAUAUGGCUAAAGGACAAUGUGCCAGUGACGAAGAGAGUUACAAUAAGUAACUCUGAUAGCUCAUCUCAGCUGCUGAUCCCCUCGUCUGAGCGCUUGGAUUCUGGUAUCUAUUCCAUUUUGGUGAAAAAUCUUGCAGGACAGGAGACAUUCAGUACAGAGGUCAGGGUCACAGAUUAUCCAAAGCCUCCUGGACUAGUAGAACUGGUGGAAAAUGUGCCUGGCACUGUGACGGUGAUGUGGGAACCUUCACCUGACGAGAAGUGGGAUGACCGCCUCCACUACACAGUGUCCAAGCUGGACUCUACCAAAUGCACAUGGACCACAGUGGCUGACAGACUCUUCAAUAACAAGUUCACUGUCUGUAACAUCAUGCACGGGAGGGAAUGUCAUUUCCGAGUCUAUGCCAAAAACGAUAUGGGCAUAUCUGCACCCUCUGAAUCACCAACCUGGGGGAUAAAGAAGAAUAAAGAAAGGUUCAUGGUGAGCAUACCAACCAGACAGGACUGUGAUUUACGAUGCGCUCCGACCUUCAUUGUACCUUUGAAGCUUCACACUGCACCCAAAGGCUAUGAAUGCUGCAUGAGCUGUGCAGUGAAGGGAAAUCCCAAACCUCGUAUCACAUGGCAUCGAAAUCACAUCAGUCUAAACACCAGUACCAACUAUUAUAUCUCCAACACCUGUGGAGUUUGCUCCAUGUUAAUCCUCCAUGUGGGCCCCAAAGACACAGGACAGUACACCAUCACUGCAGAGAACGUCCUGGGGCAGGCUGAAUGCUCCACUGUCCUCAGCAUCACAGAGUGAAGAAGCCAACUAUACAAGCAGUGUUUAUUUUUAAGUUGAGAUAUUGCAUCACAUACAGGAUAUUUGAAUUGAAGUGGUUAG